AUGAUUUCAACAAUCGGCACGACAACAAUUCAAACAACAGCACCAAACUCGUUAGUCAUGAAUCCAACAUCUAUGUUAGUAGAGAUGAAAAGCUUCAUUCCUUCUUCAUUUACUUUCGAAACAGAAAUACAAAAAAUUAAGCAGGAACUUUUAACAAGUAAUUUAGACUGUACCGCACAGGAUGAAGAAAAUGGAGAAUAUCUUUAUGACAUGCAAGAUAUCAUAGACCAUUUACCUAAAUUGCCUGAAAUCCAACAACAAAAACUCACUAUUCCUGAAUUCGAUGAAAUUGAAUUUAAAGUUAGUGAUUCUGCAGAAAUAAAGAA